AUGCCUGCAGUGCCCCUUCUCCCGUCAAUGUCUCCGGACCUGCUUCCGCCCACGGAUGCGGCUGCUUCUGCUCACAUGCCGCCUGCUUUUGAACCGGCUGGCAGGCUUUGGGACCCAGAGUCCGACAUUAAUGAUAGUGGGUGCCUUCACUUUCUUGUGUUGUCCCCCGGUUAUCCGGAUCGGUGGGUUGCCUUGGCUGCUCCCUUCCCUCGGGACACUGCACAAGCCCUUGCGGCGCUUGGGGAUCUUGCGCCGCCUGGAGGUUGCCCAGGCCCGUCUACACUGAUGCCUGCUGCAUCACAGCCCAGCUGGACUUACUUUGUGGUUGUGCAAGUCCCGGCCUGGGUUCCUGCCUCCUCUUUCACGACCGUCGUCUUUGAUAUGUCCGCCUGCCAUGGGCCGUGCUAUGCCGUCACAGUUCGGCGCAUGGUCACCUACAAGGACCUUGAAGACGCUGGGGAGCUCCACCUCACCUCGGGCUGGGCGGUGUUUGCCUGCGGGGACCGUGACCCCAUGCGCCAAGGUGAUUUUGUCGAUGCUGCGCCUGGUGGAGUGUUUCGGUUCGUACCAUGUGACUGGUCUGACCCGUGGGCACUUUCGAUAGAGGAGGCCUUGAAAGACCCAGGCGACUGGGUUCGGCUCUCUCUGCCUUGUGAUCCCGCCUCACCUGACGCUCCACAACCGACCCAUUGGCUCUCCCUGCGCUCGUGUGGCGAACAGCUUGUUCCCCAUGGGCCUGAGCUCGAUGACCAUCUGAGGGAUGUCCUGGCGGUUCGCCUGCGGCGACUCGCUCACCUCUACCUCGAGCCAGGGCCCUACCCACUACAGCAUUUUGUCCGCCGCCUCCAGCUUCGGGGUGCGCUGCCGCCUGCUUCUUCCGUUGGUGACGAGCCGUCUUCCCUUGCACGCUCUGCCGUUGUUGGGGAUACUGGUGCAGCACCGGUUGAGGUUCCAGGGUUGGUGUCUGCCUGGUUUCUUCUGCUUACCCCGGGCCGUGCCCCAGAAACCAUCCAGAUUGAGGUCAACUGCCCUGCUGAACUCUUUCAUGUCGGUCAACAGCUCAGCAGGGCUCGGCACGAGCGUAUGGCAAUGCUAUAUGAGCAUCUCGUUCCAGCCCAGCCGCAGCCAUCACAGGAAUUUGGCUGUAUCCUCACCCUUCCCGCCUGGGCCAUGGAUCAGACAUGUGUCCUUGUGGACGCCCGGGAUUGGGAUAAUCGACUUUUCUGCCUCGUCGUUGAUGCGCAGAUGUCUUGGCUGUCCUUCCUGCGCUGGGCGGACCUCCCUGCUGAUGCCGAUUUCUGCCUGUGUGUGCGUGCCGAGCCCGUCACUCCGGGCAGCGCACUGCGCUUCGUGCAGGGAGAUACCAUUACGGUUGUGCCAGCUGGCGCGGGGCCUGUCCCUCGCUAUGACCUGCGCGACACUGUGAGGUCUGUUACGACUUGGGGUCCUUCUUGUCCCGCGUGGCCGGGCCCUUCUCCCCUUGCCUUCCUAGUGUUACAUGAUGGCGGCCAAUGCAUCUGUGAUAUUGACAGGCAUGCCAUCCGCAACGCAGAUGACUUCCGCAAUGUCAUUGCUGACCGGCUCCGCUACCAGGUGCACCGCACCGUUCUUAAGCCGUGCGCUCCUGGAGACCGCGCCGUUGCAGUGCUGGGUCAGCACUGCAAAGCACUGCUGGUUGCAUCCGAGCAAUUCCACUCCGUGCCCGUGCCCCCAGGUCGACUGCGCAGGCCCCAGUAUACCAUCUUUCUAGACCUCCGCCCCAUCCUUAAAGGCUUGCACUGGCGCAUUGCUGAAACUAGCAUGCUCCCCUUGCUUGAGCUUGAGGCGGAGUUCCGGGAUGGGCUCCCUGACGGUUUUCAGGUUGUCGUUCACGGAGGGUUCCCUGAGUCCCACGAUGGCCGGACUUUCCUUCGGGUGCAGGAUAGGGAAGUCCUUACGGUUGAGUACUGUAAGGACCCCAUUACGGCCACUGAAUCUUGCCCUUCGUCUGUCAGCGACCCUGUGGGUGAUGACGAGGUUCCAGAAGCAGGUCUCCCAGACCACUCCUGCACCGCAAUCGCAAGCUCCGCACUCCCCGCAACACCCGCAGGCUAA